GGCGGGACCAAACAGUGCCGAGGACCCCUUCUUCCGGCAAGGAAUAAGGUGGCAGCCAUGCUGCUGGUAACGAUUCCACCGUGGCCGAUAUCUCGGAGACUGAUCCAAAACUGUUGGGAGUUGUUGCAGCGAAAAUUCCAGCAAAGCUGGCCGAGCCUUUCCAGUCCUCCGUGGGGACCAGCAUUAGCAGUACAGGGUCCAGCAAUAUUUACUGAGCCAGUAAAUGAUUCCAGUGGAAAUCAGGAGAAUACCAGCCUCUUGGAUAGUAUCUUUUGGAUGGCAGCUCCCAAAAAAAGACGCAGUAUUGAAGUUAACAGAUGUAGAAGAAGAAACCCUCAGAAACUUAUUAAAGUUAAGAACAAUUUUGACGUCUGUCCCGAAUGUGGUCACCUAAAAUUGAAACACGUCCUUUGUGGGGUUUGCUAUCAGAAAGUGCGUGAGGAAACUGCAGAAAUCAGACGACAGAUGGGGAAACAAGAAGGAGGCCCUUUUAAAGCUCCCUCCACAGAAACUGUGGUCUUAUACACAGGAGAGACACCAUCCCCACAGGAUCAGGGCAAGAGGAUCAUUGAACGAAACAGGAAGCGGCCAUCCUGGUUCACUCAGAACUGACAGCAGAGACGUUGUAAGGAUGACUUCACAGUAAAGCGUUUCUCCUUUAGAAGAAGAGGCUUUGUUUUUUAUGUUGUUGUGCUUGAUUUUAAAUCAUCAAUACAAAGUAUAAUUUACAUGUAGUUUUAUGUGAGAUAAUUUGAAGACUGUAAGUAAACUCAAAGUAUUCAUGCAAAAUUUCAAUGUCUGUUUUUAUUAUAGUGUCUGUUUACAGUAACAUAAAGUUUCCAGAUCAGAAAUAAAGUUCAUAGCAAGAAUUGCCUGUCUUGCUUUGGUUUUGUUUGCAACACUUAGUACAAAUAUUUUCAUUUAAGUAAUAGAAGUAGGCUUUUUCUUGGUAUUGUUUUAAGAUGAUCAUCAUGUGGGAAUAGGUUUUGUUCCAUUCUUUUAUUAAAUUGUCUUUGGAGGAGUUCACUUUUAUAUGGACUAUAUUUUACUAGUUUACUUAGAUGUAAAAAUAGUUUUUAUAUUUUAAGUUAAAACAACAUUGAAAAUUCAUUAGCUUAACUCAUGAAAUUUGUACUAUAUAAUUUUGGAAGUGAUUUUUAGUAAAGAGGGCCAGAUUCCAUUGAACACAGAAAACAUUCUAAGGCCAUUAACUCUGUAUUUCCUUUCUAGUGUGCCCAUUUAUUUUACUACAUUUUAUAAUUUUUAUGGUAAAAGCCUCUUUAGCUUCCUGUAAUUAUUUUUUAUUUUCUUCUCCCUUCCUGUUCUCAUGUUCACCUUGAACCCAAGGUUUGCUAUUUGGUCUCCUUCUCGUAAAAGCUUAUUGAAACAAUGGAGUAGCAAGAAGUAAAGUUUUUAUAGUUAAAGGAGAAAAUUAGUAAACAGUGUAAACCGCAGAUAUAUUUCAAAUUUGUACCAAAAUAGCUUGAACACUCACUAGGAUUAGGCAGCAAAUUCAACUCUUGAUCUUUAUUUUCUUCGGAAGCAGCAUUCACUUGCAUGGAUCAGGCUUCACAAGGUAAGACACCUCAUCUAGAAGGUGCAGAAGUAUCUUUGUACAAAGACCUAAGUCCUACCUCUCCCAUGGAACUUUACAAUGGAGAUGGUGGAAAGGAGCAAUCCAUAUUGAUAUUACCUAGAGGUGGUAAAAUAAAUGGACAUACCAGAAAGCAAAGCUGUUCUCUGCAGGUAAUUUUAUACCUUAACGGAUUGUACAAGUGCUGUGUGUCAGCAAGGUAGAUGUACUUGAGAUAGAAUCACUGGCUCAUGAAAGCUAAGGCUGAUUGGUUGCAUACUUGAAUGUGUUCUGCUCCCUACUCACUUGCCAGUUGACUAAUAGAUUGUAGAGAAUACCUCUAGGUAACAAGUCGUCCUUCGAUGAUGUAGACUGAAUGUCUUCACCCCAAAAUUUGUGUCCGAUUUAAUAUCUAAUGUCAUAGUAUUAAGUGGGGUCAUUAUGAGGUAAUUAGGUCCUAGGUAUAGAGCCCUAUAAGUGAGAUUGCCCUUUUCAGAAGAGCUCCAAGAGCUUGCUCUGCUCAUAUGCUUUAUGCCUUGUGUUUUUGCUCUUCUUUUGAGAUUUUAUCUGGCAUUCAGGCCUACUUAGUUACAGAUCUUACAUGUAAACUUGCUACUAAAUUUAUUUUUAAAAUUAUAAGAAGAAUGCAUAUCAUACUACUUAAAGCUGAAUCUCCAAUGCCAACUUUACCGGUAGAGAUAAAAAUCACUGUGGUGCACAUAUUCUAACUACUUCCUCAUGACAAGGAACACAACUUCCCCCCUUUUCAUGGAGCAUAAUUGACAAAAUCAUAUAUGUAUAUUUAAAGUAUGCAAGAUCUUGCAUGUUUUGAGGUGGGUAUACAUUGUGAAAUGAUUACUGUAAGCCAAUAAAUCUAUACCUUAUAUAUCAAUUCAUAAUUUCCUCUGCUUAAAAACAGUUGUAUAAUUUUUGUGGUCAAAAGGACAUUUUAUAUUCAAAAGGAAAAAUGUUCUCAGUAUCUCAGGCCCAUAAACAAAUUGAAAUAUUUAGUGGGCAGCAUUCUGCAUGAUUUCUUGAUUUCUCUGUAUUAAUGCAUUUUAUGACAAAAUCAGCAGGACCAUACAUACCAUUUUGUUACCUGCUGAAUGUUAUACCUGAGUGAGUGUAGUAGACACCUUAACUUUUUCUCAUCUCCAUUAUCAUCUAUUACAUUGCCGCCCUACUCCCUUAUUUAUUUCUUCUUGUCUAACAGUACUCUACUUUCUACUUUAAUGUCUUUAAUAGAUUCCACACAUUAGGGAAGACAUAGUUCUUGUCAGAGUCUGGCUUAUUUAAUACAGCAAUCUUCAGUUCCAUUCAUUUUCUUGCAAGUGGCAAAAUUUCUUUAUGGGAAAAUACUUUGUUGUAUAUUACAUACCACAAUUUAUCCAUUCCCCUGUUGAUGGGCAGUUAAGCUGGUUACAUAUCUUGGUUAUUGUGAAUUGUGUUGCAAUAAACAUGGGUAUUCAGAUUUC